CCGUAGCAAUCAUGACGACCGCUCACCGACCGACGUUCGAUCCAGCGCGCGGCAAGGAAGCUGCUCGCGGUGAAGCAUACCACCAGCGCCUGCUUCCAGCGCAUAAGACAUUAAAAUUCAGACAGGCCGGCCAAGGCACCAGCGCAGAGCAAGCAAAGCGCGACCUGAGAGCGGAACUUCUCAGGGCUGAAGCAAAGCACUCCGCCAAGAAGGAAGGGCGAGAUAUCGACGACGAUGACGAGGAUAUUGCGCCACCAAAGCAGAUUGAAGCCGGCGAGGGCGAGGCAGGUGGGGUGAAGCGCAAAAUGAGCGAUGUGCAACAAGAAGGCAAUGGAGAUGCGGAAGCGGAAGAGGACUAUGAGGCCAAGAAGCGGCGAGUGUUGGAAGAGACCCGCGACAUCGAUGCCGAUUCAGAUUCAUCGUCGUCGUCAGAAGAGUCGGAGUCGGAGAACGAUGAAGAAGACGAGUCUGCAGAAUUGAUGCGCGAGCUUGCCAAGAUCAAAGCGGAGCGCGCAGAGAAAGCUGCCAAGGAAGCUGCGGAGCAAGCGCAGAAAGAAGAGGAGCAGAGAGAGAAGGACAUUGCGCUAGGAAAUCCGCUGCUGAAUCCUAAGAAGGAAGAAUAUGGUGUGAAGAGGCGGUGGGAUGAUGAUGUGGUAUUCAAAAACCAGGCGAGAGGGACUGAGGAGAGAGGUAAGGAGAAGAGAUUCGUGAAUGACCUGCUGCGAAGUGACUUCCACAGGCGGUUCAUGGAUAAGUACGUGCGAUGAAGAGGUAGCAAGCUUCGGCGUGCACAGAGCUGCCAAUAUCAAAGCUCUCCUCUUUAUUGCACUUCAGGUUUGCGCGAUUCCCAGAGCUGAGGAUAUCAUGGGUCUUCCCCUUAGUCGUAGAAGCCUGAAGGAUUGCCACGAUCCGCGAAUUCUACAACGCGAUAUCCCCACCAUGUCUGUGCUCACUUCAUUGCUGCGGUCAGCAAAAAGACAGGCGGAUUUCGAAAAAUUUCGUCCACCGAUACAUGAGCUUUCGAGUGUUCUUCCAGCGGCUGGAAUGCUACCACCUCACGAGAUUGAACGAAGCCCCGACUUUUGACAGCUAUUUCUCAAGGUCCGAGCCGAGUGCUUCUUGCUUUUAACUGGAAAGAAGUUUCUUCGGUCGGCAUCUGGCUACCCACGAGAAGUUACCAAAAUUGAAUAAAAGCACAGCUGGCACCACCUUGCAGAUUCGCGCAUCGAUAACCAUUCGCGCACACCAUCACCUAUACAGCAUGGCAGCUGACGGCAAGGCCCAGGCUGGUCGACAGCAUAACGUGUGUCAUUUUUUUCGUCUUCCCGCCGAACUUCGAGCCGAGAUCUAUCGGCUUGUUCUGAUACGCGAAUGCUUUUGCCGACUCUCCUUCGGCGGCCAGCAACCACAGCCAUCAGAACAGAAGACGCAACUCACCGACUUCCUGGUGUGUAAAAAAUGGCUCUCGGAGGCCUACUCAGAAUACCUGAAGCACAACGUAUUCGAAUUCAACUCCAUCGAAGAUCUCAAGCAGUUUAUUAGAGGACACGAGAUCACGAGAAGCACCGUUCGAGCGGUAUACUUUUCAUGCUUCUGGGACGCGUAUUGGAAGAUGGGAGUCAGGCUUGGCAGAGGUACAUCAAGAUGCCUUAGACAUCCUGAAGCGGAUCGAUGGAGUGUAAGAGGUUUUGCUCAACACAGAAACUAUCGGCCCCUUCCGUGGAAUAUCAGGUCCGGCGAGGAGGACGUUCUUUCGGAGAGGAAAGCCCGAGCAAAGCAGCUCUAGAACCUGGGGCUAUGAUCCCUCUUAAACAAUCUUCGCGAGGUGAAUGAGUCUACAAACCAGAACUUUGGCACCAUCGCUGAGGAAAGGCUCCUUGGAUGUUACAAAUUCGCUCGCAUCCCUACAUAGUCCUACGAGAAGUCAAACCCGCAUUCGUCUUUACC